AUGGUAGAGGCAUUGGAGGUUAGUUAUAGUGGGAGUAGUAGUGGAGGUUGUAGUUAUAGUAGCUACGGGUCUCCAACAUCGCACCCUGGGCUAAGCCAUGCUCCAACCUCUCGCCGACCACUCACAAGGGCUUACAGCUCCGGCCAUAAUGAGAGAAGAGGCGAAGAGAGGACAUGGUCCAGUGAAAGCAGUAUGAUAAUUGAAGGAAUGAGAAGAGCUUCUCCAUAUACUCCCCAAGAGAAGAGACACAGAAUUGAAAGAUACAAAAUCAAGAGAAACCAAAGGAAUUUUAAUAAGAAGAUUAAGUAUGAAUGUAGGAAGACACUGGCAGAUAGUAGAAAGCGCAUACGAGGGAGAUUUGCGAGAAAUGAAGAAGCUGAGAAUAGUAACUCGACUAGCUCGCCAGUCGAGACAUGGAGCUGCUAUGACAAUGCCAUGCCCGAGGACGAUGCCUCUUGGACAACCUUUCUUGAUUCUUACUCUCUAAACUUCGUUCCUUGA